AUGUUACUCAAUAUUAUGGCGUAUCAUUCAUCAUCAUCAUCAUCAUCAUCAUCAUCAUCAUCAUCAUCAUCAUCAUCAUCAUCAUCAUCAUCAUCAUCAUCAUCAUCAUCAUCAUCAUCAUCAUCAUCAUCAUCAUCAUCAUCAUCAUCAUCAUCAUCAUCAUCAUCAUCAUCAUCAUCAUCAUCAUCAUCAUCAUCAUCAUCAUCAUCAUCAUCAUCAUCAUCAUCAUCAUCAUCAUCAUCAUCAUCAUCAUCAUCAUCAUCAUCAUCAUCAUCAUCAUCAUCAUCAUCAUCAUCAUCAUCAUCAUCAUCAUCAUCAUCAUCAUCAUCAUCAUCAUCAUCAUCAUCAUCAUCAUCAUCAUCAUCAUCAUCAUCAUCAUCAUCAUCAUCAUCAUCAUCAUCAUCAUCAUCAUCAUCAUCAUCAUCAUCAUCAUCAUCAUCAUCAUCAUCAUCAUCAUCAUCAUCAUCAUCAUCAUCAUCAUCAUCAUCAUCAUCAUCAUCAUCAUCAUCAUCAUCAUCAUCAUCAUCAUCAUCAUCAUCAUCAUCAUCAUCAUCAUCAUCAUCAUCAUCAUCAUCAUCAUCAUCAUCAUCAUCAUCAUCAUCAUCAUCAUCAUCAUCAUCAUCAUCAUCAUCAUCAUCAUCAUCAUCAUCAUCAUCAUCAUCAUCAUCAUCAUCAUCAUCAUCAUCAUCAUCAUCAUCAUCAUCAUCAUCAUCAUCAUCAUCAUCAUCAUCAUCAUCAUCAUCAUCAUCAUCAUCAUCAUCAUCAUCAUCAUCAUCAUCAUCAUCAUCAUCAUCAUCAUCAUCAUCAUCAUCAUCAUCAUCAUCAUCACUAUCAACAUAUAUGUACUAUUUAAUCGUUUUAUGCUGA